AUGAGCGACACUUUUUCGGAAAAGAUCCCUGAAAACUCAAAGAAAUUUCCCGAUUUUGGAGUUGGCCCUGCUCACUACUCUAUAAAGGAUUUGAUGAAAGAAGACAUCCCGCGUUUGAAUGGUUUAUCGCACAUCACUUUUAAGCUCAAUUAGGCAUUAAUUUAAGGUUUUUUAAACCAUCUUAGAAGAGAGCCCGUAGAUCAAAGAAUGCCGAAAAGAAGGACAGAAAACGAGGUUUUCAGAAGUUACUCCACUCGGAUAAUUUUUUUUAUAGAUAGGUCACGCCAAGCGAGACAAAGCCGACAAUUCUUCUUCUGAAUCUAAAGGUGAAUCGGAAGAACAGGAGCCUGGAUCUUCUUUUUUGGUGGACGAAGACCUAUUGGUAGUUUUGGAAACUUCAAGGAAGCAAGAUGAAACCGAAUUGAACGACAGUCGCUGUUCAAAAAUGGAAAAACUUUCUGGAACUGAAAAAUUUGGCGAAACCGCAACAUCGAGGGCUGAACAAGACGAGGACGAUCCUGAUCAAGACAGUCCUAUUCAUUUCCAAGGAAUAGACGUGGAGAAAACGACUAAUCGAGAGAAUAAGGAUGGGUUCGAAGAAGAUGUCUCAAAAGCGCCAGAUGAAGAAACGUGUGAUUCGGUGGAAAGUGGACCAUCCGUAGAAGUGAUAGAAGGACCAGAUGCAGCCGACCCUGGCCAGGACGACGCUCAGGAACAAGAUUGUGUGGCCGUAUCGGAAGAAGACUCUUCGGAUUUCUCGUCAGAGUUGGGCGGGGAAAGCGUUGAACAGUGAGUUUUUAUAAGAUUUUCAAACAGUCAGUAUUUUAUGUAAUUUGGAUGAUGAAAGAAUCAUUUAUGUUCAGAGAAACCGAUAACAAUCCCUCAGAAAAAAUUUGCUCGGAGGAGUUCCUGGAAGACGACUUUGAAGAAGAUAAACCGCAACUCUGCGAUGUCGCGAACGAUUUGAACCAGAGGGAAUCUAUAGAAGGAGAGUCUCCCCCACAGAACGAGGGAUCCACGUCCGCAGAAACUUCGAGCAACCAAGUUUUCUAAUGGUUGCAUCACGGGCCCCAUCUGUUUGAUUGGCAGGUCGCUGAAGAGGUUCAACGGAGCAAAUCACCCAACGAUCUCCAUUUGGCAGCGUUUAUUGUGGACGAGUUGAGAAAGUCUGUUCAUCCUUCGCACUGUGAGUUCAAUUUUAGUUCAAUUGAGUACCAUUUCUUUGUUUAGGCUUUCAGCCAACGUUCGUCAGAACUUAUUACGAAACCUACCACGAAAUUCCUGGAGUUGAGCCAAGUUUGUUUGUUUUUCUUUGUUUCAAGUUUUAUAAAAACUAUUUUUGGUUUUUUUUUGUGCACUGCGUUACGAGGGCGGGCAGAGAGAAGACAUGCGAAAAAUUAGACUUCUAAAAGCGCUCAGAUCGGUUAGGGGGUCGAUUAUAGUGUGCUCGGAGGAAACAGGGACAUUUCGAAAGAACCGCAGAAAAAGUCUACUGUCAAUAAAAAAAUUUUCGCACUUCUGCUCUGAAAAACUGCAAAAAAAAAUCUUGGAGCAAAUUCGGUCAAACUUGGUCGAAUCUGGUAUACGGUCCUCUUUGCAGAAACAGGACAAGCUGGCGCGGAAUGUGCUAUACUGCAGCAGAACCAUUUAAAAAAAUAAUAUUUUUAAUUGAACCUUUUUCUAAUUAAAAAUGCUAGGGUAUAUUGAACUCUUUAACUUACUGCCUAAAAAGAAGUCAAUCUUUUUGAAAUUGUCACUGGUCGUUCUAGACCCCCGUUUUUCAGUUAUCUUUAUCCUUUUUUUUACUCUUCUUAGCUCGGUUAAGGCCGCGAAAACACAGGCCAAAGACUUACAAUCACAACACCUUGGAUUGAGACGGAGAAUCCCCGAAAAUGGCCGGUCUGUUUUCUCAUUCUUAUUUCUGGCAACUGAGAUAUUCUGCAGGAAAGUGAAGAACGAUUGCCUUCUCGGUGGCCAAUUCUCAAGGGAAUUCUAGAACAGUUUCUUCGGUGUGAAACAAAGAGUCCGGCGCAAGUUGAAGUUCAUUUCUAUAGUUUAUUGUCAUAAAUCUCAUCUGUUUUCAGAUUUUGAUAAUGGAAUGUGUGGGAAAGAGGUGUGUUGAGCCGUCAGAAAGCACAAACAUUGAAAAAUUUUUCAAUCUAUUGCCUCUAGAAAAACAGAAUAUUUACUACGAAACGGUCCGUUUCAUCGUUAAGUUGGCUCUUCGGGCAAGACUUCUUCUCCCGAAGGUUCAUCGAAAUUUGUUUAUUUUUGUCCUUAAUGAAACUCCGAGAUAAUUUAGUUUGUAAUCGCCGGAACGAUUUCUGAUAAUCCAGUAAAUGUUUGCCUGCAAAACUUUUAGCUUUGAGCUUUUUGAGUGUUCAAUCCCUAUUUUUUGCGUUCCAAGCAUCUCAGAAACAUAAACUUUCAUUGCCACACAGUUUUUGAAUUAAGUCUAUUCUUCUUACCUGCUUGUAGCGCAUAGUUUCAGACUCAAAAAUCGUUAUCUAACUCGUAAAAAAAUGUAUUUAUACUGACUCCGAACUCCUUCAGCCUCUGUGCGUUCUCAAAAGGAGCUGCAACUUCUCAGUGACGUUCAGCCAGGAACAGUGCGCAUGCAUCUUGGCUCACGCUUUCCUUGGCACCUUUGGAUCCCAUUUCUCUUUUUCGCAGUUAGUUUUUAGAAUACUCUUCAGAGAAGUUUUUUUUUCUCAAUUGGAAAACUUUAGGUUCAUUUUCAACGUGAAAUCGGAGCUGAUGCUCGAAAAACUGAGGUUUAUAAUGCACUAUUUCGACUGUGUUAGGCGUAGGAUGCCAGAAGGCGUCGUUUCAUUUCGACGUCGCUUUUUCAACCGAAGCAAUGAUUGGGAUCAAUGUGAAGAGAGGGUUCGUCUUUUUUAGGAUCGUUUAUAAGUCAUUCCUUCUGUUGUUCUUCUUGGUCAAGAAAUGGAUUAAUUUCAGAUUGGAGAAAAGGAUUUGUGGGUAACUCAAGAUUUGCUCAUUGAAAAAGCUCCUCUGAGCAGCCAAGUCGAUUUCGCCAACAAGAAUAUUGGUGGCGGAGUUUUGGCUUCCGGAGCUGUCCAGGUUAUUCUCUCUCGUUGAAACUAUUAUGGUAAUUUUCCUGAUUAGAACAUAUUCAUAACUUCUCGUCGCAAAUUUUCCCGUUCUUCAAAUAUUUUCAAAGUUAUGUUAAAAACCCUAGCUUGUCCACUUUUGACAAUAGUUUUUCGACCAAUCGUGAAAGAAUGAUUCAUUGGUUAAUUUCAAGGAAGAGAUCCGAUUUCUAAUCUCUCCGGAAGCGAUUGUGUCGAUAUUGAUCUGCGAAAAGUUGCGAGACGAAGAAGCCAUUUUUAUCGUUGGGGCGCAACAGUUCAGCUCUUACUCUGGAUACUGUAGGCUUCGUGUGGAAUUUGAUUUUGUAGUCCUUUUUUUCAGCGAAUUCCUUGAAAUGGGAGCCUUUUGAAGGUCCAAUGGAACCACGUGAUCGUUUCGGGUAAGAAAAUUAUUAAAAUCGUGAGUAAAUGUCGAUAUAUCGAACUAGGAUGUGCUCGAAAAAAAACCUCAGAGAUAUCUCUUUCUCAUAAGGGAGCGCAACAAAGGAGAAUAGAUUUUUAUUAGGUUCAAUUCACUGAAUUUUUUUUUUGAAAAUGAACUGUCUCAAAAAAACCAGUCUACAAAAACACGAAGUAUUUUGAAAAAUCUGUUUGAAUGAGCAGUGGCAACUUUUACGUCUUCUCUUCAUUUUUUUGACAGUAAUCUGUUGCCCAAUUUUGUUCUUGAGAACUCAUUUCGACCCAUAGGGUUUCUUAGUGAGUAGAAAGUUUCCGUGUCAUUUUUUGGAACCGAACCAAAUUGAAAGAAAAAUCCGACUGUUUUCAGGCGUAUCCGCUGUGAAAUAGUGGCUAUCGAUGCGCAGCCGUUUUACACUAACAAACUGAGACAAUACGAGAGCGCCAUGAUUUUGCGUGAACUGAACAAGGUGACAUCGGAUAGUGAAACUUUUGAACGUUUGAAACAUCUAUAAUCCAAUGCAGUUUCACACACCAAUGGGUCUAAUUUUUCUAAAACCAUGUCCAACUAGGUAAGACCCAUUGAAGUGAAUUUAAUAGAGGCCACUAGAAAAAAUCUUUUUUUUAGUCUUUUCUCAUUUUAUCAGGCUUUUCUACAUAUACAUCUGAAAUUUCGCUUCUCAAAUUUGAAGAUUGGGAAAUAACAAAUAGAAAAUGUGAGAAUAAGUGUUCGCUUUGAGGCCUACGUGGGAUUCAAAGGCUCCAGCAACACUUUCGAAGAUCCGCCAAUUGUGACUGGCUGGUGGGGCUGCGGCGCCUUUCAAGGAGACCCACAACUCAAAGGUUCAAUAAAGUUACUUUUGAAAGUAUAUAGAUAAAAGCCAGCUGUGAUUAACACGGCGAUGAACGUUUUUUUUUUUCAAUUUUUUUAAAAUUCUAGUCAAAGAAUGAAAACUGUAUCAAUCAUCUUUAAUUGCAUACCAAAUCGGAAAUUUUUCAAAAAACCUCAGAAAUUUCUAAAAACCGGAAAAUUAAAAAAAUCGUUUACCGACUCUUCGUUUGUCGAGUCCAGUGCUUAACUUUUUUCAAAGUUUACCAAUUAUGGACGUUUUUUUUAACUAGUAUUUUUUAAAAAGAAAGCUGGUUAUCUCAUAAAGACAUGUUUUUAAAAUAAAAUUUCUUAUCGUAACCUCCUUGGGACUCGAUUUUUGUAACUCUUAAUUCUUCAGCCAUGAUUCAAUUGGUUGCCGCCACGAAGGCCAGACGCAAUCUCAUUUUUUGUUCCUUUGGAAAAGACCCUGAAGCACCGCGAUUUCUACGUGUACAAAAACAUCUAAAAAACAGGAAAGUAACUGCCGGUAUGUUCUUCUCGACAAUAAAGUAAAAACACUCAUAUGUGUUUUUUUUUUAUAGUUGAGCGGUCUUUAAAUUAAGUAUGAUUCAGUUGAAAAAAAAUUUCAAUAGUCAAUUUGAUCAGUUUUUCUUUGCAGGUCAGUUAGUGAAGUGCUUGCUGAACUACAGAAGAUGGGUACAAUCAUGUAAAGUUUUCGACUUUGUUAUGAACACCUUCCGAUAG